AUGCUUACAGCAACUCUGCCACAAAAGAUGCUUAAACUAUCAGAAAAAAUUGCCUUACCAGUCUACCUCCAAAAACUGGACGACAUUCUCCCAAAAAACAUCAAGCCUAUAGUAUCUACAAGAGAUUUGUAUCCCGUGGUUGUAUCCGGAGAGCAGGUUCAACUUGGCAAGGGUGCCUAUGGGGAAGUCUGGCUAGAACGCCUAGAGUGCAAUGGCCCUCUUGUUGCGGUAAAAUCUUGUGACAUUACUGGUCAAGGCGAUAGAGAAAAACAACUAAAAGACAAGUUCUUAGUAAGCCUUGAAGCGCGUGUGCUAGCCUUCUUGUCGAAAAAAAGCAGAGCUUUCCCCUACGUUUAUGGAAUUUGCGAAAAAGUAAGAUUUGGAACCCGAAAGAGCAUUAUUAUCGAAUACGUCGGACAUCCAACUAAAUUAAAGUCUGUGACUCUCUACAAGGCCAUCUUCUUCAAAGACCCACAUCUUACAAUUUCAAAUGCACUGCGUGUGGCGCAUGACAUUGCAGAGGGCGUUCAGGUAAUGCAUCAAAACGGCUUCAUACACAGUGACCUGGCAAGCAGGAAUAUUCUUCUUCAUCAUGAUGGCAAGCGAUGGACGGCAAAAAUAACUGAUUUCGGUUCAAUCUCUCAUGUAUCAGCACCAUUCGACUUCUUUCAGCUUCACAAAAUUCCUGCAGAACAACGUCAACAGUGCAUAGCAGCUCACAGAGAAUAUGCACCAGAGUUAUUUUUCUCAAAUGCACCCCCAAACUUUGCGUGUGAUAUGCAUAGCACUGGAAAUAUGUUUUUGGAAAUGGGUUCCAAUCUGCAGAUAAAAUUUCUAUCCAAACUCGGAAAACUCUGCACUCACAUCGACCCAAAAAGAAGGCCAGUCAUUGACGUUAUCGUCAAAAUGUUGGCAAACAAAAUCAAUACCGGUAACUUAUAA